GCCCCGCCCCGCAGCCCAGCCGGAAGGGCCGGCGGACGUUCGCUAGGUCGGCUCGCUGGCCCGGGCUCCGAGGCUCCCGUGGUUGCCAUGGCGGCGGUUGUCGCGGCGACGAGGUGGUGGCGGCUGUUGCUGGUGCUCAGCGCCGCGGGGAUGGGGGCCUCGGGCGCCCCGCAGCCCCCCAACAUCCUGCUCCUGCUCAUGGACGACAUGGGAUGGGGCGACCUCGGGGUGUAUGGAGAGCCCUCCAGAGAGACCCCCAAUUUGGACCGGAUGGCUGCAGAAGGGAUGCUUUUCCCAAACUUCUAUUCUGCCAAUCCUCUGUGCUCGCCUUCCAGGGCGGCACUGCUCACAGGACGGCUGCCCAUCCGCAAUGGCUUUUACACCACCAACGCCCACGCCAGAAACGCCUACACACCGCAGGAGAUCGUGGGCGGCGUCCCAGACUCGGAGCAGCUGCUGCCGGAGCUUCUGAAGAAGGCCGGCUACGUCAGCAAGAUCGUCGGCAAGUGGCAUCUGGGUCACAGGCCCCAGUUCCACCCCCUGAAGCAUGGAUUUGAUGAGUGGUUUGGAUCCCCCAACUGCCACUUUGGACCUUAUGACAACAAGGCCAGGCCCAACAUCCCUGUGUACAGGGACUGGGAGAUGGUUGGCAGAUAUUAUGAAGAAUUUCCUAUUAAUCUGAAGACAGGGGAAGCCAACCUCACCCAGAUCUACCUGCAGGAAGCCCUGGACUUCAUUAAGAGACAGGCGCGGCGCCACCCCUUCUUCCUCUACUGGGCUGUCGACGCCACGCAUGCACCCGUCUAUGCCUCCAAACCCUUCUUGGGCACCAGUCAGCGAGGGCGGUAUGGAGACGCCAUCCGGGAGAUUGAUGACAGCAUUGGGAAGAUGCUGGAGCUCCUCCACAACUUGCACAUCGCGGACAACACCUUCGUCUUCUUCACAUCGGACAACGGCGCUGCCCUCAUUUCCGCCCCUGAACAAGGUGGCAGCAACGGCCCCUUUCUGUGUGGGAAGCAAACCACGUUUGAAGGAGGGAUGAGGGAGCCUGCCCUCGCAUGGUGGCCGGGGCACGUCGCCGCAGGCCAGGUGAGCCACCAGCUUGGCAGCAUCAUGGACCUCUUCACCACCAGCUUGGCCCUUGCGGGCUUGACACCACCCAGCGACAGGGCCAUUGAUGGCCUCAGCCUCCUUCCCACCCUCCUGCAGGGCCAGCUGAUGGAGAGGCCCGUCUUCUAUUACCGCGGCGACACACUGAUGGCGGCCACCCUUGGGCAGCACAAGGCUCACUUCUGGACCUGGACCAACUCCUGGGAGAACUUCAGACAGGGCAUUGAUUUCUGCCCUGGGCAGAACGUUUCAGGGGUCACGACCCACAACCUGGAAGACCACACGAAGCUGCCCCUGAUCUUCCACCUGGGACGGGACCCAGGGGAGAGGUUCCCCCUCAGCUUUGUCAGCGCCGAGUACCAGGAGGCCCUCGGCAGGAUCGCGUCAGUCGUCCAGCAGCACCAGGAGGCCUUGGUCCCCGGGCAGCCCCAGCUCAACGUGUGCAACUGGGCGGUCAUGAACUGGGCACCUCCAGGCUGUGAAAAGUUAGGGAAGUGUCUGACUCCUCCAGAAUCCAUUCCCAAGAAGUGCCUCUGGUCCCACUAGCGCCUGCGCGGACCCAGGCCAGGCCUGGAAUCUCCGGUUGGCCCUGCAAGUGCCUGGAGGGAGGACGGCUCUGGCCUCGGUGCUCCCCCAACCCUGCCCAAGCCAGACAGACGGCACCUGCAGACGCAGAGGCCCUGCACAGCUCCACCUGCAGGACCUGACCCUGCAGACGCGGGGGGGCUGCACAGCCCCACCUGCCGGACCUGACCCUGGGGUGUGCUCGGCCUUCCUCGCCCACAGCGCCUCAGGCCUCAGACCUCAGGACUCUGCCGUCUCACGCCUUUGUGAACCCCAAAUAUCUGAGACAGGUCUCAGUUUAUUUUGCCAAGGUUAAGGAUGCGCCCAUGACAGCCUCAGGAGGUCCUGACAACAGGUGCCCGAGGUGGCUGGGGAUACAGUUUGCCUUUAUACAUCUUAGGGAGACAUAAGAUCAGUAUGUGUGUGACGUACAUUGGUUCAGUCAGACUUCCACUGAAUACACGAUUGAGUCUGGCCCAGUGAAUCCGCAUUUUUAUGUCAACAAUAAGGGAAUGGAGCAAUCAGAUAAGCGUUUGUCUCAGGGGAGCCCCAGAGGGAUGACUUCCAGUUCCGUCUGUCCUUUGUCCACAAGGAAUUUCCUUGGGCGUUAAUUAUGAGGGAGGCGUGUAGCUUCUUAUCAUUGUAGCUAUGUCAUGUAGAAAUAAAACGGGAAGCAGAUUUGCCUAAUUCCCUGCUUGAC